CAUUCCUGCUCAACAGCCUCGAAAAAAAACAACAACAAAUCUCACCAUAAUUUCAGGCAAUAAAAUCGAAUCUACCUACAUAUCAAACUGACUGAAUUGCAGUCAGUCAAUAUGAGCGAAGAACAGUCAUCCAAUGCCACCGUUGAAGAUGAGGAAACCUUACUUGCACGCCAUCGCAAAGAGAAAAAAGAACUGGUGGCCAAAGUGCAAUCCCUUAAAAAAGCCAAAGUGGACAAAAAGCGGAAAAAAGAAAUACAAGAGGAAAUUGUCUGUAUGGAAGCAGAAUUAGAGGCCAGACAUGCCGACGAAUUGAAUCAGUUGAAUGCGUUGAAAAUUAGUGAAAUAUCAGUCGCUACUCCGAAAACGGAAUCCGCCGAAUCGCAGGUCGAAGAUAAACAACCGAAAUUAUCAAAGGCCCAGCGGAGGCGGGAAAAGAAAUCACAGGAAGGUAAAGAUCGGGAGGCCCAGAUUAAAGCAGAGGAAGCAUUACAUAGAGACUCUCCCCGCAUUCUGGAGGAUAGGAAAAUCGUUGAACUACUCGCAAAGCGGGGUCUCGCUCCUUUCCCGGUACCGGCCGACGGUGAUUGUUUGUACAACGCCGUCAAACAUCAACUUUCUCAGAUAGGUGUGCACGAUUACGAAACGGCCGAUUUGCGACAGCUGGCGGCCGACUACAUCGAAACGAACCAGGACAAUUUGAUACAUUACAUGACCAACCCGGAAACGGAAAACAUUCUGAGUGUGGACGAGUUCCGGAAAUACUGUUUCCAAAUUCGUAACACCAAAGUGUGGGGUGGCGAAAUCGAAGUUAAAGCUCUGUCCAGCAGCCUAAAGUGUCCCAUCGAAAUAAUACAGGCCAGUGGUACCUCGCCGGUUCACGGCGAGGAUGGAGAUCCCGAGCGAAAAUUGGUGCUCACCUAUCACCGGCACAUGUACCGUCUAGGAGAGCACUACAAUUCCACGGUUACGAUUCGAGCGAACGAUGAUAAGGAUGAGGGUGAAAAUGAGCAGAGUGACGAUUAAACUGCCACUAUUAUUUAGGUAAUUGUAUAAUGAAUAUACUGCAAUAUAGGUUGCCAAUGUACACUAAA